AUGGUUCAAUGGAGGAGGUUAUUUGGUUUGGAUGGAAGCGCAGAUCAACAUCUCUGGCGUGAUGAAGCUCGUCGUCUUCUUCCAUCAUAUCACGAAGAUGAGCUUCCCAGCGCAAUCCCACCUCUCGAAGUAACCAAAACUGCCCUUCGUCUGCGCUACCUCAUCGAAGAGACUGUGCCAUGUGAACUCGAGGAAGCAAAUAUUGUGUGCGCGCAUUCAAAGAUUAUAACUAGAAAUGUUAUUGCAGCAGCAAAGGAAGCAGGAGGCAAGGAAUAUGGUGCCUGUGUGGUGUAUGGGCUACUGGUGUGUAAGAGGUGGUUUAAGAAACAGGCUAUGUUGGAGUUGUGGGAUGCCGAUUUGCAUAAUGUGAGAGCGGUAGCUUGUGAGGUCAUUGCGAAACAAUUGAUCGAAACGGAAGAGAAUCAGGAUUAUCUUUUACAGGAUAUCCUUCUGAAGAGAUACUCGGUAUUGGUAGAUGGGGAACAAACUUCGCCUGCGAAUGUCAUCGAAAGAGCGGUGGAUCUCCAUGCUCUACGUGUUACAGGUUCUUCUGGAUAUCAAAAAUGCGUCAAUUAUCUCUGGAGAGGCUGGCUCGUACAAGAUGAGAAUGAUCCUUCCCAAUUCGUCGAUUACAAACAGAAGGACAAUACAUGCUAUUGGACUCACGUUCAUCCGGACCGCAUGCGCGCACCCAUAUACCAAAAUGCUACACAGAUUAUCUUCUCGUUGGUCUACCUGGCUCUGUAUACGGCUGCUAUUAAUACAGUCAAUCCCACAGGAGAUUUGGACAUUGUGGAGAUUAUACUUUAUGUUUUCACGGCCGGUUUCAUUUGUGAUGAGUUUAGCAAGUUUUGGAAGGUCGGAAGAUAUUACAUUGGUUUCUGGAAUGUUUUCAAUGUACUUCUUUAUGCGCUACUAACGACAAGUCUGGUAACGAGAAUUAUUGCUCUGGGUCACCCACUUGAAGAUGAAGAUGGGCAAAGACGGAAAUACAAUGAGCUCAGUUAUAAUUUCUUGGCUUUCUCUGCACCGAUGUUUUGGAUGAGAUUACUACUUUACCUCGACUCCAUACGCUUCUUCGGUGCUAUGCUUGUUGUUAUCAAAGUGAUGAUGAAAGAAUCCCUCAUUUUCUUCGCCCUCUUAUUCGUCAUUAUCAUUGGCUUCUUGCAAGCAUUCAUUGGCAUGGAUAUGGCUGAUUCUCAUGUCGACUCUGCUGCCUUCAUUCUCCAAGCCAUGGCCAACGCUGUAAUGCAAUCUCCAGAUUUUUCCGGCUUUGAUAAUUUUGCUCCACCUUUCGGAAUUAUUCUUUAUUAUAUCUUCACAUUCCUUAUCAUGGUCGUCCUUCUGAAUAUCCUCAUUGCGCUUUAUAAUUCAGCCUAUGAAGAUAUUACAGACAAUGCCAUUGAUGAAUACAUGGCACUCUUCUCUCAAAAAACCAUGCAAUUCGUCCGAGCUCCUGACGAGAAUGUCUUCAUUGCACCAACCAACCUUAUUGAAAUCUUCUGUCUCAUCCUCCCAUGCGAAUGGUGGAUGCCAAGAAAACAAUAUGCAAAGCUCAAUGAUUACGUCAUGGCGAUUAUCUAUUCUCCAUUGUUACUAAUCGCAGCAUGGUUUGAACAGCGCAGUGCAACGAGAGUCAAGAAUAAUAGACAGAGAGGUGAUGAUGAUGAUGAUACAGUGGAGGAAUGGGAACAGUUGUCAGGAGAAGUAGAUUUUGAAGGAGAGGGGUGGGAAAAGAGGGUGCAGGGGGUUAAACCGAAUGUGGAGUCGGAUGAGGCGACGGUGGAGGUUAGAGAGUUGAGGAGGGAGGUGGGGGUUUUGAAAGAGUUGUUGUUGAAGUUGGUGGGGGAGAAGGAGAAAGAAAAUGGGAAUGGGAAUGGGGAUGAGGUUGGGAAUGACAAUUAA